AGCGUUGGUGUUACGAUCGCAUCCUCGCCUAAGGAGAAAUGGAGUCGAAGUCGCGGCUUUGUAAAGUGACCGUGGUGGGAACGAUCGUCUGGUGUCUGUUUUUCAACGGUCGGCCGGCACACGGCCGUAGCAUCACCAGUCUCGAGGCACCGAGCGGCUGCGAGUGGAAAAAGGACGGAGAAGACGGGGAAAAAGCGCUCGCCUGUAGGGUUAGGACUAUCGCCAACGUGCCCGGCCUAAUUGGCAAUCUCUCGGCCAUUCAAGUGGACUCGAUCAGUUCUUUAGCCUUGGAAUGCAGUGACGUGUUGUUCUUCGAGAGCCAAAUCGACGGUCCUCACGGAUUCUUCUCGCCGUUGCCACGUUUGGAGAAACUUCGCGUGGAUUACUGCAAGAUUCGUUAUCUACCAGGCGGUGUAUUCGCGUCCGCGCACAAUCUCACCAGUUUGUCGCUGAGAACGCACAACGGCGAUUGGUCAGCGAUGACGCUAGAGCUGCACAGAGAUUCUCUACGCGGUCUGCCGCAUCUUCAGCAUCUCGAUCUGGCCGACAACAAUCUAUGGACUCUGCCGACCGAAUUACUCUGCCCGGUACAGAGACUCGCCACACUGAAUCUGACGCGCAACAAGUUACAGGAUAUCGUUUCCCUGGGAUUCUCCAACUGUACGCCUAGUUUCAAGGUGCUAGACCUGAGCAACAACGAUCUCAGCAACCUACCGGAUCGCACGCUCAGCAAUCUGCCGAACCUAACAGUACUGAAGCUGCAGGAGAACGUGAUAUCUUCCGUGGACGAUCACGCUCUAGCCGGACUAACCGCGCUUCAUUCUCUUAACAUGUCCAGUAAUCGUCUGGUCGCGUUACCGCCGGAAUUAUUCACGGAAACGAAAGAACUGAGGGAGUUGAUUCUCAGCAAUAAUUCGCUGGCAGUGUUGGCGCCUGGUUUAUUGUACACUCUGGACGAGCUGCAAGUGUUGGAUCUAAGCAGCAACGAGCUGACAAAUCUAUGGGUGAAUCGAGAAACGUUCUCACGGUUGGUUCGCCUACUGAUCCUCGAUCUCUCCUUCAACGCGCUCACGAGGAUCGACGGCCACGUGUUCAAGGGUUUGUACAGCCUGCAGAUCCUGAAACUCGAGCACAAUCAGAUCGAGAUAUUGAUGGACGGUUGUUUCGGUUCCCUGACCAAUCUACACUCGUUGACGUUGUCGCACAAUCACAUAGCCAGGUUCGAUCCGGCGCACACGAUCGGCCUUACCACGCUCGGCCAGCUCUUCUUGGACACGAACGAACUGAAAACCAUGCACCGACACGUGUUCGACAAUCUAACCGGUCUUCAGGAUCUCUCUCUGAGCGGAAACUAUCUGACGGAGAUCCCGUACGCGGUUCGCGUGCUUCGCUCUCUGAAGACGCUUGACCUUGGCAACAACCACGUGUCGAGAAUCGAGAACGACUCGUUCGCCGGUUUGAGCGAACUGUACGGUCUACGUUUGGUCGACAACAAACUGGAGAAAGUGUCCCGCGAGGCGUUCGCCGAGUUACCCGCGCUCCAAGUGCUCAACCUGGCGAACAAUUACAUCCGUCACGUGGAGCAGAGCGCGUUCGCGAGCAAUCCGGUGUUGCGCGCAAUCAGGCUGGACGGAAAUCAGCUAACCGAGAUCCGCGGCGCGUUCACCAGCCUCUCGACCUUAGUAUGGCUGAACGUGUCGGACAAUAAGCUGCUGUGGUUCGACUACAGUCAUCUGCCGGGCAGCAUAGAGUGGCUGGAUAUACACGCGAAUCAGAUAAGCGAGCUCGGGAAUUAUUACACGGUGCGGAACACGCUGCAUAUAAAGACGCUGGACGCGAGCUACAACCAGAUCAGCGAGAUCGCCGAGGCGAACGUGCCCGACAGCGUGGAAACGUUGUUCCUCAACAACAACAAAAUACGGACAGUCGCGGCCGGUACCUUCCUGCACAAGGCUAAUCUGCAGAAAGUGGUGUUGUACGGGAACGAGAUAAGAAAACUGGACGUGGCGGCGUUAGCGUUGCAAACUGUACCGAAGGACGUCGAGAUGCCGCAGUUCUACAUCGGUAACAAUCCGAUUUUGUGCGAUUGCACAAUGGAAUGGUUGCCGCGGAUCAACGAGAUGACACCGCUCCGACAGCAUCCGCGUGUUAUGGACCUGGACUCGGUCACGUGCGACAUGGUUCACGCGAGGGCGACACCGCGACGACCGUUGCUGUCGUUGAAACCGAAAGACUUCCUCUGUCAAUACGACGCGCAUUGUUUCGCCCUGUGCCAUUGUUGCGACUUCGACGCGUGCGACUGCGAGAUGACUUGCCCGAACAAUUGUUCCUGUUAUCACGACCACAGCUGGCUGAGCAACGUGGUAGACUGCUCGAACGCCGGCUACAAACAAGUCCCCGAGAGGAUUCCCAUGGACGCCACCGAGAUCUAUCUAGAUGGAAACGAACUUGGCGAUCUGGGCAGCCACGUGUUCAUAGGGAAACGUAGGUUGAAGGUGUUGUACCUGAACAACAGCGGUAUAUCUGCCAUUCACAAUUGCACGUUCAACGGUGUAGCCGCUCUGCGCGUGUUACACCUGGAGGAUAAUUCGCUGAGAGAGUUACGCGGCUUCGAGUUCGAUCAGCUGGAGCACAUGUCCGAGCUGUAUCUGGAUCACAACGCGAUCGCGACUGUGGGCAACACCACGUUCAAGAAGAUGAAGAAUCUCGAGGUGUUGAGAUUGGACAGCAAUCGUAUCGUCGAUUUUCGCCCGUGGGAAGCGCUGCCGAGCGUCGGAGAUAGCGCGAAAGUAGCUUUGGAGGGCAACGCGUGGAGCUGCGAGUGCAGCAACGCGGCUAAAUUACGCGGCUGGCUUGCGGAGCAUCGCGGGGAUCCGGAGAAGAUGUACUGCCGCGACGGCGUCGAGACUCUGGCGCAGGCUAUGAAGCGUUGCGGCGAUCCGUCUACCGAGGCUGUGAGCCGUGGCAUUCAGGAAAUCCCUCUGCUAGGUGGUAACUUCGUGCCGCUUUUAGCUGGCGCCUUGGUGGCUGUGAUCACGAUCUGCCUCAUCGUCGCCCUCGCCUUCGCUUUCCGGCAGGACGUUCGCCUAUGGGCUCACGCUCGUUACGGUCUCCGUCUUGGCAAAAUGACCACGCCGCCGGACGAGGAACGAGACAGACUGUACGACGGUUAUAUCGUGUACAGCGAGAGGGACGAGGAUUUCGUCUCGAGAUUCUUGGCCGCGGAAUUGGAACAAUCCGGCCUGGCUCUUUGUCUGCACUGGCGUGAUUUGCCACCGGCCAGGCCGCAAGAAGCCGUACCACCGGCUGCAGCCGCCGCCAAACGCAUAGUGAUCAUCUUCUCGCCGGUGUUCAUGGUGAACGAGUGGCAGCACGCGGAAUUCCGCGCAGCUUUGAGAACCGCGUUGGAGAACAUUCGUCCUACCUCGAGAAAGAGACGCGUGUUGGUGUUGUUGGCUACAGAAGCGCCAGCCCAUGAUCCGGAACUGCAGCUGUUACUUCAGACGUGUACAGUGGUGAUCUGGGGCGAGAAGAGGUUCUGGGAGAAGCUACGUUUCGCUAUGCCCGACUCCGUUGGCAAACGGCGAGACAGCAAAAAGGUGAACGACCGAAAUCGCAAACCGGCGCGUUACACGGCCGCACCGUCCGCCGGUGACGUGUGGACCAAGCCUAAUGGCGUUUUGGUCGCACCGGUGCACGCACCCACGCCUACGCCCACGCAGUCCACGUAUGUCAGCUCGGCGUCCAGCAGGACCGAGGACGAGGAUAGUGGCGCUGAACACCAGCAUCAGCAUCAACACGGUGGUUACAGCGCGUUGCAUACAGGAAACGCGCGGCCAGUCAGCCUGUCCUCAAGGGGCAGCCAUCUUUACAGCACCAUACCGGAACCACCGGUGCCAACUGCACCUCCUGGUGAGGUCACGCAUCCAGUCAAUCCUCGUACUUACUUCGUCUAG